UUCUCCCUCCCUCCUUGCAUUUUUCUCCUUGUUUUUUUUUUUUCUCCAUGGGACAGUAGCAGUAGAAAAAUUUAACCCAAAAGGCUUAAAGGCAUUUAAGGUCCCUACUUCUUCUCUCUCUGUCUAAACAGUAAGCAUAAGAGCAAUAUCAUGACACAAGAGAAGAGAGAUUCUUCUUCUUCCUCCUCCUUUUCUUCCUCUUCUUCUUCUUAACCCCAGAAAGGUAGAAGAGAGAAACUUUGUUAAUUUCUUCAAUGGUUGCAGCAGCUCUUACGAAUCCACAACUCAUUAACUUGGAGCUUAGCUGUUGCUGCCUCUUCCUGCAUCAUAUACUCUGAAUUGCAAAGAAUAAGAAAAGGUGAGCUUCUAAGAGAUAGCUGUGCACGGAGAUUGAUAUCGCAAGAGAGGUGAAGCCAAUCUUAACUGAGCUUAGUCAUCCAUCCAUUUCUUAAAACCGAGCUGACUCUGGCGUGUGCUGAAAUGGGAAUCUUUGAAGAAAUGGGAUUUUGCAACAAUCUGGACUUUUUCUCGGCUCCUCCUGGAGAAAUGGAUGUGGUUCCAGAAUGUGAACCAGAGGCAACAAUCGAAGAGGAUUACAGCGAUGAUGAGAUGGAUGUGGACGAGCUGGAGAGGAGGAUGUGGAGAGACAGAAUGUUGCUUAGGCGACUUAAAGAGCAGAGUAAGAAUACGGAAGUUGUUGAUAAUGCAAAACAGCGUCAAUCCCAGGAGCAAGCACGAAGGAAGAAGAUGUCACGAGCGCAAGAUGGUAUCCUGAAAUAUAUGCUGAAAAUGAUGGAAGUUUGCAAAGCUCAGGGUUUUGUGUAUGGGAUCAUUCCUGAGAAGGGAAAGCCAGUGAGUGGAGCAUCUGACAAUCUCCGGGGAUGGUGGAAGGAAAAGGUCAGGUUUGAUCGGAAUGGGCCUGCUGCUAUUUCCAAGUAUCAAGCAGACCAUGCAAUCCCUGGAAAGAAUGAAGAUUGUGGUACAGCAGCAUCCACACCUCACACCUUGCAGGAACUUCAGGAUACAACUCUUGGAUCACUUCUGUCAGCCCUGAUGCAGCACUGUGAUCCACCCCAGAGGCGUUUCCCCCUGGAGAAAGGCGUUGCCCCCCCAUGGUGGCCCACUGGGAAUGAGGAAUGGUGGCCUCAACAGGGUUUGCCCAAGGAUCAGGGUCCUCCUCCAUACAAGAAGCCCCAUGAUCUGAAGAAGGCUUGGAAAGUCAGUGUUCUAACAGCAGUGAUUAAGCACUUGUCUCCUGAUAUUGCCAAGAUUCGCAAGCUUGUUCGUCAGUCUAAAUGUUUACAGGAUAAAAUGACUGCCAAGGAGAGCGCCACUUGGUUGGCUAUAAUUAAUCAGGAAGAAGCACUGUCUCGGAAAUUAUAUCCAGAUAGCUGCCUUCCCAUGUCUGCUGGUGGAAGUGGUUCUUUUAUCAUCAGCGAUUCCAGUGAUUAUGAUGUUGAAGGAGUGGAUGAUGAACCCAAUGUUGAAGUAGAGGAUUGCAAACCUCUUGAUGUCAAUCUUUUCAACAUGGCAACAGCAGCUGGACCAAGAGAUAGAUUUAUGAUGCCGCCAGUGGCUCCACAAAUUAAGGGAGAACAUGUUGAGACAAACAUGAGUUUCAUUCAGAAAAGGAAGCAGCCUGCUGGUGAGCCACAUAUGAUAGUUGAUCAAAAGGUGUAUAGGUGCGAGUAUCCUCAAUGCCCCUACAAUGAUUCCAGAUUUGGGUUUCUCGACAUCACUGCAAGAAAUAAUCACCAAAUGAAUUGCUCAUACCGCACUAACACUUCUCAGGAAUUUGGAAUGUCUAAUUUCCAAAUUAACAGUGACAAACCAGCUGCGUUUUCUCUCCCAUUUCCCCAAACUAAGGCAGCAGCUCCAAACCAGACCCCCUCAUUUAACGUUUCAGGACUUGGACUUCCAGAAGAUGGGAAAAAAUCGAUUUCUGAUCUUAUGUCUUUCUAUGAUACCAAUCUUCAGCGAGACAAGAACAUGAAUCCUGGGAGUGCCAAUGUUAUCGGAGAUCAAAAUCAGCAGCAACUGCUAGAGCAGAAAUUUCAAUUCCAUCUUGACCGCAGGAAUGUCAAUUUUACAGGGGACCAAAAUCUGCAGCAGCAACAGCAACAACAGAAAUUUCAGUUUCAGGUGGAUUCUAGGAAUGCUAAUGUUAUUGGUGGUCAAAAUCAACAGCAACAGCAGAAAUUCCAAUUUCAGCUUGAUGAUAGCUUCUAUGGCCAAGGGGCUAUAAUGGGAAACAACAUAACUGAAGUGACCAGCAUGCCAGUGAACAGUUCUGCUUUCCCAUCAACUGAAAUUCAGUUUGAUCACUGCAAGGCAUUUGAUUCUGCAUUUGAUGCCAAUGCCAAUGAUAAUGUUGCUGACUUCAGAUUUGGCUCUCCGUUCACCAUGCCACCAGUUGACUAUUCCAUGGAUCCAAUGCCAAAGCAGGAUGCUGGCAUGUGGUACGUCUAACACUCUGGGAAGAAAGUCAUCAUCAACACAGAGCCUGCUUCAUAGUUGUGAAACUUCAUCACCAACACGUUUUCUGCUUCAUAGUGCUGAAACUUCUUCCUUAGGAGUUUUAGUAGCUUAAUAUGUUCGUAUAUGUAGAUGUUUGUGAACUUCUGAGUUUAUGUUCUGCUACUUUAUGUUGCCAAGUGUAGGAUUUCUAGGUUGCUUUCAAUGCAGUAUUGAAGAAUGGCCAAUAAAGAAUUGGCAAGGACCAAACCCAUGUUCAGUACUGCUGUCGAAAAGUUUAUAUCGGCAUGUAGUUAAAUAUAUGUGCACAUAUAUCAAUAUAUGGUGUUAAUACAUUAUGCUGUA